AUGUCUACCGAGGAGGAUCUCAUCGACUACUCUGACGAGGAGCUCGCAACCAACGAGAACGCCGCCACCAACGGCAAGAAGACCGACGCCCCUGCGGCUGGCAACAAUGUCGACAAGAAGGGCUCCUAUGUCGGCAUCCAUUCGACUGGUUUCCGCGACUUCCUGCUGAAGCCCGAGCUUCUACGCGCCAUCGCCGACUGCGGUUUCGAGCAUCCUUCGGAGGUCCAGCAGACCUGUAUCCCCCAGGCCCUUCUCGGAGGUGAUAUCAUCUGUCAAGCCAAGUCUGGUCUCGGAAAGACGGCCGUCUUCGUCUUGACAACGCUCCAGCAAGUCGAACCUGUCGCUGGAGAAUGCUCUGUUCUGGUCAUGUGCCACACUCGUGAACUGGCUUUCCAGAUUCGCAACGAGUACAACCGGUUCAGCAAGUACAUGCCAGACAUCAAGACUGGCGUGUUCUACGGAGGUACUCCCAUCCAGAAGGAUGCCGAAAUCCUCAAGAAUAACGAGACGCAUCCCCACAUCGUUGUCGGCACUCCUGGUCGACUUAACGCCCUGAUUCGCGACAAGUUCCUGCGCCUGUCAAGUGUCCGCAUCUUCGUCCUCGACGAGUGUGACAAGAUGCUCGACGCCACCGGUAAGCAGCCCGGUUCUGAUGUUUUCACCACUGUACUAACUACCCGGCCAGAUAUGAGAAGAGAUGUGCAGGAGAUCUUUCGCGCAACUCCUAUGCAGAAGCAAGUGAUGAUGUUCAGCGCCACUCUCUCGGAUGAAAUUAAGCCGGUCUGCCGCAAGUUCAUGCAGAACCCAACCGAGCAUUACGUCGACGAAGAUACCAAGUUGACGCUGCACGGUCUGCAACAGUACUAUCUCAAGUUGGAGGAGCGCGAGAAGAACCGAAAGUUGAAUGAGCUCCUCGAUGACCUCCAGUUCAACCAGGUUAUCAUCUUCGUCAAGAGCACCGUCCGUGCAACCGAGCUUGACAAACUACUGCGCGAGUGUAACUUCCCCUCCAUCUCUGUCCAUUCCGGAGUCAGCCAAGAGGAGCGUAUUAAACGCUACAAGGAGUUCAAGGAGUUCAACAAGCGAAUCUGCGUAGCCACUGACGUCUUCGGUCGUGGCAUUGAUAUCGAGCGCAUUAACCUAGCAAUCAACUACGAUUUGCCGGGUGACGCUGACUCGUACCUGCACCGCGUCGGUCGUGCCGGCCGUUUCGGUACCAAAGGUCUCGCGAUCUCAUUCGUCAGCACCGACACCGAUCAGGAAGUGUUGAAGGCUAUUGAGAAGCGAUUUGAAGUCGCCCUCCCUGAAUUCCCCAAGGACGGCAUUGACCCGAGCACCUACAUGGCUUCCUAG